CACACACACACACACACACACACACACACACACAGUUAGUUGAUAAGAGCUAGUAACCGGUCUCAUUGUUUAAACUGUGGAAAAGCCUCCCUGCCAGAAGCUGAGGUAAAUGAUGGUGUCUGGAGUUUCUUUUGUCCAACAAAGUUUAACUUCAGUCAAGUGUAACUUCGACAUUGUCUCAGACAGGCUGUACUCCAGUAUGGCUCAUUCAGGCCCAUGUGCUGUGCAGUGCACAGAAAUGCUCAAUAUUCCACCGUCUACAACACCAGUGAAAAGACCUUUGAUAAGAUCCUCAUCGCCAACCGAGGAGAGAUUGCUUGCAGAGUGAUCAAGACUUGUAAGAAGAUGGGCAUCAAGACUGUAGCUGUACACAGUGACGUCGACUCCAGUGCUGUUCAUGUAAAGAUGGCGGACGAGGCAGUGUGUGUUGGCCCCGCCCCCACCAAUAAGAGCUACCUGAACAUGGACGCCAUCAUGGAUGCCAUCAGAGCGACUGGAGCACAAGCUGUUCAUCCUGGUUAUGGGUUUCUCUCAGAGAACAAAGAGUUUGCAAAGCGACUGGCGGCAGAGGAUGUGACAUUCAUUGGCCCAGACACCCACGCUAUCCAGGCUAUGGGGGAUAAAAUUGAGAGCAAGCUGAUUGCCAAGGCUGCCCAGGUCAACACUAUCCCCGGAUUUGAUGGAGUCGUCAAGACUGCUGAGGAAGCUGUGAAGAUCGCACAGGACAUUGGCUACCCAGUGAUGAUCAAAGCAUCCGCAGGAGGAGGAGGAAAAGGAAUGAGAAUAUCUUGGAAUGAUGAGGAGACAAGGGAAGGUUUCCGCUUCUCGUCCCAGGAGGCAGCAUCCAGCUUUGGUGACGACAGGCUGCUCAUUGAGAAGUACAUAGACAACCCCAGACACAUAGAGAUACAGGUGCUGGCUGAUAAACAUGGUAACGCUCUGUGGCUGAAUGAGAGGGAGUGCUCCAUCCAGAGGAGGAACCAGAAGGUUGUGGAAGAAGCUCCCAGUACCUUCCUGGACCCGACGACACGGCGGGCGAUGGGUGAGCAGGCAGUGCAGCUGGCCAAGGCUGUGCAGUACUCCUCUGCUGGCACCGUGGAGUUCCUGGUGGAUUCUAAUAGGAACUUUUACUUCUUGGAGAUGAACACACGACUGCAGGUGGAACAUCCAAUCACAGAGUGUAUUACUGGCCUGGACCUGGUGGAGCAGAUGAUCAGGGUUGCCAAAGGUUACCAACUGAAGCACAAACAAGAAGACAUCCCAAUAAACGGCUGGGCCAUUGAGAGUCGUGUCUAUGCUGAGGAUCCUUACAAGUCUUUUGGUCUUCCCUCCAUCGGACGGCUCUCUCAAUACCAAGAGCCAAUCAACCUCAGCAAAGUCCGUGUAGACAGCGGCAUCCAGGAGGGAAGUGACAUCAGCAUCUACUAUGAUCCCAUGAUCUCAAAGUUGGUUACCUAUGGAGCUACAAGAGCUGAAGCCCUCGCCAGGAUGGAGGACGCUCUGGAUAACUACGUCAUCAGAGGUGUGACCCACAACAUUCCCCUACUGCGAGAAAUCAUCACCCACCCUCGCUUUAUCUCUGGCGACAUCAGCACCAACUUCCUGCCGGAGGUUUACCCCGAUGGCUUCAAGGGUCACCAGCUGGAGGCAGACAAACGCAGGGAGCUGUUGGCCUCGGCAGCGGCGCUCUACAUCACCACUCAGCUGCGUUCACAGAAGGUCCUAGGAAGCCUGAGGGUGCCCUCCAGCCCCAUUGAAUGUAACCACUGGGAGCUGUGUGUGGAGCUGGGGGAGGGACACCAUUCUAUGGAGGUUACCAAAUCAGGAAAUGUUUAUACUGUGGAGGUGGAUGGAGGAAAGGUGGAAGUCAGUGGACAGUGGAACCUGGCCUCCCCACUGCUGCCCCUCACCAUUAACGGCACAGACAGGAUGCUACAGUGCCUGUCCAGAGAUGCUUCGGGAAGGAUUGUCCUGCAGUACCUGGGAACAUCGUUUAAGCUUCGCGUUCUGUCCAAGUUGGCUGCAGAGUUGAACUCCUACAUGCCAGAGAAGGUACCGGAGGACACCAGCAGCAUCCUGCGUUCGCCGAUGCCAGGCACAGUGGUGGCUGUGUCCGUCAAGCCUGGAGAUACGGUUGCAGAGGGUCAGGAGAUCUGUGUGAUCGAAGCCAUGAAAAUGCAGAACAGUUUGACGGCUGUGAGGCAAGCAAAGGUAAAGAAUGUCCACUGUAAACCUGGGGAGACGGUGGGAGAGGGAGACCUGCUGGUAGAGCUGGAAUAAAACAGAACCUUUGACCUUUUGAUGUGUGACAUCAGCACCGGGAUGAGCCUUACCCCUCUCUGAGAGGAAGAUCCACACUGGCAAUCAGACUGGACAAUAACAGAUGUGUGAUUUAUGUUGCCAGUGGUCAGUCUCCACAGUGGGCCCCCCUUGCAGAGUUUAGUUCCCCUGAUGGUGACUCAGAGCUGAGCUGUAUCAGCUGUGUUACAGUGUCUUCUCCACAUGUCAGACUCCUUUGUUGUCUGUCUCGGACUGUCGUGAAAAAACCCUUCCGUUAUUCUUCUCUGUUUUAUGUGUUUUCUAGUUCAUUUUUCUUAUCAAGUAAUUUCACCCACGAAAUAAUGAUUUUCUAAUUUUGUCCCUGUGGUGUCGGGCCUUGCAGAUAAUUGUGGUUCAUGUGCCAAGGUUUUGAGAUAUCUACAUAGGAAAUGUCUUCCACCACUACAAUACAAUGGAAGAUGUGGGCCUUUGAUAUAAGCUGCUGUUGAGUUUUUCAAAUGUAGUUAGUCAGAUAUCUCAAAGCCUUAUCUGAGAACCAAAACAAUGUGCAUAGCUCAAUACCACUCAAGGUAAGUAGGAAAAAUAUCUGCUGUACUGUUUUAAUUUUGUUAGAACUGACACUCUACAUACUACCAAUAAAGUGCUCAUUCUUUUCUACACACA